CUAGGCCCAAACUAGACACAACGUAAAUUUUUACUCACAACACAGUACACUGCUGCUAGUUUUGAAUGUAGGACAAAAACGUGUCAAUUUAUAAAUAAACUCUAGCAAAUCAAAUAAAAUGGAGAUCAUGAUGAGAAUAAUAUGAAAGUACUAUCAAUUAGUGAAUAUUAAAUAAUCCUAGUUAAGGUUAAAGUAUAAUAUCUAUAAAAUAUGGUCCACCAGGUUGGAAACAAAGAGCAUGGUCGUAGCACUGAAAAUGAAGAAUUAAGCCCAACCCCUGAUAUUAAUCCUAUUCUAUCUCCUACCCCUCCUUACACGCUCAUCUAGUUUAAUCCUGAACACAUAAUGUCGGAGGAGGUCUUCAGUAUCGAGGAUAUACCGGAGAACCCAGAGAAGAAGAUUAACUAUGCAUCAGACUUUAACCACAACCCGGAGCUAGAGAUAAAAGUUCUCGACAAAAAAUCUAAAUCCGUCGCCGUCGAGGAUUUCGAGGUGAAGCUGGUUUUAGGAACGGGAGGGUUCGGGAAAGUAUUUCAAGUCAAGAAAUUGACGGGCUCUGACCGUGGUCAAAUAUAUGCAAUGAAAGUACUGAAGAAAGCUGUGAUUGUUCGAAAUAAAGAAACAAAAACAUUAGAAACUGAAAUUAAUCUUCAUGCAAAGUUAGAACGAGAUGUAUUGGAGGCUGUGAGACACCCGUUUAUUGUAGAUUUAGUUUACGCAUUCCAUUCAGGGAAUAAGGUUUACUUAAUCCUUGAAUAUCUAUCUGGUGGGGAACUGUUUAUGCAACUACAGAAGGAGAGAAUGCUGAUGGAAGAUACAGCAAUCUUCUACCUCUCCCAGGUUCUACUGGCACUAGAACAUCUUCAUGAGAACGGGAUUAUUUACAGGGAUCUUAAACCAGAGAAUAUCAUGCUGGAUAGAGAGGGUCAUGUAAAGCUCACCGACUUCGGGUGCGUGAAGGAAAGUGCCGACGAUGAGAUCAGUUACACGUUCUGUGGAACCGUGGAGUACAUGGCUCCGGAGAUUCUUAAUAGAUCAGGUAGACAUGGUAAAGAGGUUGACUGGUGGAGUUUUGGUAUCUUAGUUCACGACAUGUUGGUUGGUAUCCCACCCUUCACAGGAACAAACAGGAAGAUUGUCACGGAGAGGGUGAUGAAGAGUAAACUUCACUUGAAGAAGUUUUUGACUCCGGACGCCAAGGAUAUCCUGACCCGUCUGCUCAACAGGAAGGUGGAAAACCGUCUAGGAUUUGGUCCGAGGGAUGCAGAGCUGGUCAAGGAACAUAGAUUCUUCUCAGGGGUUGACUGGGACGCAGUUAUCAAUAGGAAAACCAUUCCUCCCUUCAAACCUAUUCUCAAGAGUGAUGAUGAUGUUUCAAACUUUGACAAGGAGUUCACCUCGAAACCUCCGAUUGACUCCCCGCCAGGGUCCAUCAGCGACAGCGUGAGUGAGCUGUUCCUUGGAUUCAGCUACAACGGUGUCGACUAGAUCUCCACUAUAUUGAGACCCGAAUAAACUGAGGCAUUAAUUCUGACAAAAUU